GGGGGUGUCUGUGUGUGGGGGGGGGGGGGUGUCUGUGUGUGGGUGUGUCUGUGGGUGUGUGUGUGGGUCCAUAGCCGCGCCUCCUCGCCGCUCCAACAGCGACCAGCGCUGGUCCCGACACCGCGCCACAGCCCGGCUCCCUCCACACGGCCCUGCCCAUGACAGCCAUGGGGACCAAGUGCAUCUCCUGCCUAAAGUACCUGGCGAUGAGACAGAAAUGCUUGUGUUUACUUCUCAUCUUCACUGUCUAUUCACUGGUGAACCCUGCGUUCUUCAGGUUUCUGGAAGGCCUCAUUCCCAUGGAAAAGUGUAAUUUGCCCAAAGGAUUCAAGCUGAAGCCUGGGAACCAUGCCGACAACUAUCUGGAUUAUUGGACCAGGACGGAUGUGCAAACCUGUACAAAAUGGAAAGCUCCAAUCAUAUGGGAUGGCACCUUCAAUGCAGCGGCAUACGAUGAGAUGUACAAGAAGCAGAACAUUGUUAUUGGUCUCACGGUCUUUGCAGUUGGCAAUUACCUAGACAUGUUCCUGGAGAGAUUCCUGGUGUCGGCUGACGAGCACUUCAUGCCGGGGUUCCCUGUCAUCUACUACGUGUUUGUGGAUGACCUGGCCAAGCUGAGAAGGAUCAGCGCGAGGCUGAGUAACAGAGGGAUGUUGUGGGAAGUGGCUGUGGAGAAGCAGAGGCGAUGGCAGGAUAACUCCAUGUCACGCAUGAAGCUGAUCAAGGAGUUGAUCGAGACUCGAGUGAAGAAUGAGGCGGAUUACAUCUUCUGCUUCGAUGUGGACCAGCAUUUCAGUGGGCGCUUUGGCACGGAGGCGCUGGGCGAUUCGGUAGCGCUACUCCACGCCUGGUUCUACAGGAGGCCCAGGUUCCUGUACACGUACGAGACUAACCCGCUAUCCACGGCUUACCUGCAGAGUCGCGGUGACUUCUAUUAUCAUGCGGCCGUGUUUGGUGGUACGUGGCAGAACGUGAGGCGGUUGACCGAGGCCUGUCACAGGGGCAUCUUGCAGGACAAGCAGCGCAAGGUGGAGGCACAGUGGCACGAUGAGAGCCAUCUCAACAAGUACUUCUGGCUUCACAAACCCACCAAGAUCUUGUCUCCAGAAUACUGUUGGGAUCCUGCCAUAGGCUGGCGUACUGACAUCCACAUCUUCCGGCUGCAGUGGGUCAGGAAACAGUACGGGGCCAGUCGGCCACUCGUCUGACCGGCCGACAAAUUGCAUCCAUCGAUUAUUCAAUUAGUUUUAGUUAGAGAUACAGCACGGAAACAGGCCCUUCGGCCCACCGAGUCCGCGCUGACCAGCGAUCCCCCUACAAGAACAACACCCUGCACACACUAGGGCCAAUUUACACUACACCUACAAACCUAGAAAUAUGCAUUUCUGCAGCCUUCGCUCAAACCAAACUGUUUGAAUGACAAUAAAAGGCAUUCUAUUUCUAGGUUUGUAGGUUAAUUGGUUUGGUAUAUGUGUGAAUUGGCCCUAGUGUGUGCAGGGUGUUGUUCU